AUCGAAGGAAAAAGAGACAAUGGCAUCCGAAUCAGCAGCCCUCACUUCGCAGGAGCCGGGCCCAUACGUCCACUGCUUCCCAAGCCCCUUCAACAAGCUCAUCGCGAAGCCCCAGAUAUCCAUGAUUGCCAUCUCGCCGCCUGCGUUGGUCCAGGCUGCGCAUUUGCGCGCUGUGUAUCAUUAUGCACCUGCGAUCCCGGUCGAGCCUCUGCAGCUCAUGCCCAAGGAGCAUCUCGUCGUUGUUCUCCUGCGCUCCUCGCACAAACGUCCCCUUUCUCGCACAGGUGUCGAAGCGAUAGUCGCACAUACCCUGCGCCGUACUCCCUUGGGAGAUGCCAAGACUGGUGUCACACUGUUCACCAGCGUGGCUUUAGACGAUUUGUCCUCCAAUUCAGUAUCUGCGUGCGUCGGGCUUGGGCAUAAGUACGAGAUCAAUUACGUCGUUCGGCGCGGCCGCAAUUACCUGAAGAAGUUCUUCGUUGAGAACCUCGACACGUGGGCGCGGGUUGACCCUCCCCGCCCGCCUGCCUUCCAGGGAUGCAUUCGAUCGUCGGCCGAUCUCGUGAACGGCUUCACGCGCGAGGACGGCAAACCCGAGAAGCUCUCGGCAGAGAACAUCGGUCGGUGGUUCUUGGGACGGGCGAAUCUCAUGCAGGCGAACACCCUGGCUACCCUUCGUGUUCCUGAAGCUCCUCGACGAGCUGGUGGAUCAUGA